AUGAAUGUGAUGGAGCUAUCGUACACAUCCCUCUUAUCUCUAUCUAUGUAUGUGUAUAUGUAUAAAGAGAGACUUAGUGGCAACAUUAAGAUCAUGACAGGUCUGGUGUUGUUCUCAAGUGCAGUAUACUUCUACUCAAUGUACAAGAUGGGUCAGAAUGACUUUAAGGAUAUCAACGACUUUGGCAUUCCAACAAAGGAUGACAGUGACCUUCAUUUAAAGAAGAGACCAAGAGGAUCAGGACCACAGUAG